AUGGAAAAGAGUUUGCAAAAUUUUUUGAACAUAAAUGUAUGUAGAACGCAAGGCGAGGAAGAAAAUAGAACCCAUAAUGGGGAACAAAGUAGAACUCAUAUUGAGGAACAAAGUAGAACCCAUAAUGGAGAACAAAGUAGAACCCAUAUUGAGGAACAAAGUAGAACUACAAAUGAGGAACCCAAUAAGAUACAUACUUACCCCUCCAAUGAUACGCAAAAACUUACUCAAGAAGAAUUCAACAUGAUAAUUUGCAAUAUAAACAGAAUAAUUAAAAAUGAAAAAUCUAAAAGUGUUGUAUACAAUGAACACAAAUAUAACACCAAAAAUUAUUAUACAACAGAAGAGCAACAUAAUAUGUAUCACCAAAUCAAAAAGAAUUUAAAAGCGAAUGAUAUGGUAAGAUAUGUAGAUACCUCAGGAAAGACACGUUUUUCAGCAUGUGGAGAGAAUGAUAUAAACAUAACCAAACCAAAUGCUUCAAAAUAUGAUGUAUCUUAUAACAAGAACGAAUCAUUUUCAGCGCCAUCCCACUAUGAAACAUAUCUAGGUAAAAAGCCCGACAUGUAUUAUUGUAACAUUAAAAAUGGAAUAGAAGUAAAUACGAGAACUGAUAAAUGCAAUAAUCUAAUUAUGAAUUCAAAAAGUGAAAUUGAAUUAGACCCUUCUCACACGUAUUUGCACAUGGAUCACCAAGGAAUAAAGAAGUCUAAAAUUGGAGACUCGCAAAAUUACUUUAUACAAAAUCUUAGGAAUUACAAUUCAGAUCAUUUACAGAAAUUUCACAAUGCACUUAAAAUGAACGAGAGAAAACGUGAGGAAAUUGUAAAUCGAAGUGGAGAUAGUGUCAUAAAUCAAAGUGGAGAUAGUGUCAUAAAUCGAAGUGGAGAUAGUGUCAUAAAUCAAAGUGGAGAUAGUGUCAUAAAUCGAAGUGGAGAUAGUGUCAUAAAUCAAAGUGGAGAUAGUGUCAUAAAUCAAAGUGGAGAUAGUGUCAUAAAUCGAAGUGGAGAUAGUGUCAUAAAUCAAAGUGGAGAUAGUGUCAUAAAUCAAAGUGGAGAUAGUGUCAUAAAUCAAAGUGGAGAUAGUGUCAUAAAUCAAAGUGGAGAUAGUGUCAUAAAUCAAAGUGGAGAUAGUGUCAUAAAUCAAAGUGGAGAUAGUGUCAUAAAUCAAAGUGGAGAUAGUGUCAUAAAUCAAAGUGGAGAUAGUGUCAUAAAUCAAAGUGGAGAUAGUGUCAUAAAUCAAAGUGGAGAUAGUGUCAUAAAUCGAAGUGGAGAUAGAGUGGUAGACUCCCUACCAACCCAUCACCCCCUUGCCCUUGGAACGGCUUCAAAAAUUGCGACAUUUAUAACUAAUAAUCAAAAUGAAAAUUGUGCAGCAAACGUAGGGAACAGAGGGGUGAAGGAAUCGAGUGGAAUGACAAACUGUGUUAGAAGCAUCCCAAAUAACAGAAUGCUGAACAUCCCAAGAAAUAAUACAAACGAUAAUGAAAAUAUGAAAACAGGAUCAACUUUUUUUAAUGAAAUAAAACAAGGAAUGAUAAACGAGAGCAGGAUAGGUAUCAUUGAACAUACAAACAAUAGGCACUUAAUUAGACCCCAGAAUGACUACACAAAUAGUAACCAUUUAAUAGAAACACAAAAUAUACAUAAUUUAAAAAGUGAUAAAAGGAACGUAUAUAGAUGUAAUUUACCAAAGGAAAACCAAUUGACAAGUGAAGAAGCAAACUCAAAUCGCACUUAUCAGAACAUGUCUAAUGCACAGGAGGAAGAUACUUUUAGCAGACCCCUUACUUACAGCAGAGUUAGAAAUGAUAUACUAUCUACCUACUUUGACGAAGAUACUGAGGCAAUCAAAGUUGGGAAGAUGGAUUUAUCGAACCAGCUGAGUCAGCAGAACAAACUGAUGGAACUGAAUCAGCUGAACCAAUUGAACCAAAUGAGCCAACUGAGCCAACUGAACCAAAUGAACCAAAUGAACAAAAUGAAUAGUCAUACGAAAAUUUUGCAUGACAGGUACGAAGUAAUUCCCAUUCAAAAAACGACCAAUUCCAUUACCCUCGAAAAUCAUGAAGAACUAUCAAAAUUGAAUCACUCAGACAAAAAAAAUAUAUUACAUAAUGCCAUUAACGUUUUCAGCGAUCACAUAAAAAAUAUGGAUGUAAAUAAAUUGCCUCUAUCAAAAGGAGCUGAUCCCUCAAUUGGUAUUAACACCUUAAUCUCUAGCACUGCCCAAGGUGCUCAUAUCAUCACCACUAAAGGUGCAAACAAUGCAAUGUGUACAAAUGGCACAAAUGGGUUAAGUGAUCUAAAUGACCCAACUGUUGCAAAUGACCCAAAUGGCACCUGUGAAAACAACUGCAGUUACAUCUACAAGAACUGGAAGAACUGGAAGAACAGAUGUGGAAAACUAACCGAAGAUGAACACACUCAGAGGAGCAUGAACCCAAAUGAAACUGAAAAGGAAUAUAUAUAUAACAAGAAUAAAUUAAACAAAUUGUACCAUUUGAAUAAAGGAAAUGCGAAAAAGGUAGAAAAUCAUUCGUUGAUCACAUGUAAAGGUUCACAUGGAGAAAAUAUAUACAACAAUAAUAAUUGCGCACUUCAUGAUAAUGGAAUAAAAUUGGCUCCUGAUGUUUUACAAAGCCUUGACAAUGACAUAACAAAGGAUAGAUGUGUAAAGCACAGCGAAAUUCACAACAUUAUGGAAGAAAAGGAAGAAGAAAAAUAUAUAGGUACUUUAAAACGCCUUUACACAGUGAGGAUCGAAAACUCAACAAAUAAGUCAACAAAUAAGUCAACGAAUAAGUCAACAAAUAACUCAACAAAUAACUCAAUAAAUAACUGUGCAGAGUAUCAUCCCCAAGAAUUUGAAAAUUACCCCAAGUUUAAUAUGAACACGCAAAGUAUAAAUUUAACAGAACAAAACUGUCUAAUCAAUGGAAAUACAAAAUUUAAUUCCUGCAUCAAAUCGCACAAUUUAAGCAACUCAGAUGUGAGAUAUGAAAAACACAAUAAUGCAAUCACACAAAUUCUUGAUGAUAAAUCGAAAUGGAUAGUGAGCUCAUACAGAAAAAUGAACAAGUUUAACAUUCCUAAUUCAUGUAUGAUUAAUGAUAACUCAAUGAGAGAAAAGAGACUAUGCAAUUUCAAUGAUAAAACAAAUCUAUUCAAUACUGAAAGACCAUAUAAUGAUGCUAAUCUUUGUAAUAUUGUUGAAAAUAAGUUCACGCUUCUCGAUGAAUUCACAGAAAUUCAAACAUUUUCUUCUGAUCAAUGUUUCAUUGAUAGUACUCAGAAAGAAAAUAUCACUUACCAAUCCAGGGAAGCUAAUAAUUAUGUCACUGAUGCAAUCUCUAACGACAUAACCAUAGACAAUACCCGUUGUGCAAGCAAAUGUGAAGUCGCACUAAUACCUCCUAAUAUGAUUUACCAAAGUAGCAACAAUCAAGAAUAUCAGAAUAACCAACCAAUACAGAGAGAAGAAUUAUAUAGCAAACCUAAAUCCAAGGAUGAUCAUGUGCAUAUUUUAAAGAACAAUACUACAUAUCCAGAAGAUUAUAUCACUGGGGAAAAUAAAUUUCCAUUUGAUGCACCAAGCAAUAAUGUGGACAACUCGAAAUCGUCAAAUAUUAUGAAUUCAAAAAAAAAAAUGAUACAAUCAUGGAACCAAUUUCCUUCUAAUUACAAAGGAAGUGCAUGUAAUGAUAUAAUCGGGGCGAGUCUAUCAGGCAUUUGUAGAAGCAAAAUGGAGUUCCCGCUUGAAUGGAAUUAUUUAGGAAAUUAUGAGCAAAGGGAUAAACAAAAUGACGACAAAAAUAAUGAACAGUGUCAGGAACAUAAUCCAGAACAGAAUUAUGACCCAAAUGAUGAUAAAAACAACCACUACCACACCGAAAGCAAUAUAGAAUGGAAUGCAAACAAGGGAGAAAUAAUAGCAUGGAGCAAAUUAGGAAUAAUAAUUCAGAAUAUACGGUACUACAGCAACAAAGUAUUCAAUGAUGUGUUCAUGAAUAACGAUUCAUUAAAAAAGAAAAAAAUAAAUGAACUGAAUUUGUAUCUUUCUAAAUUAAGAAUAAAAAAUGAUCAGGAAUUCUUUUUUAAUUUGAAUAAAUUUUAUGAAAUGUUUUUAAUUCUACUUAAUUCAAAUUAUGUCUACAAAUUCAAUUCCUCCAUUUUAUACAGCAUUUGUGCAGUUGCAAAAAAUCUUCUCAUUUUGCUAGAUAUAGACGUAUACAUUUUUCACCUGAUAAAAACUUGUAUGUGCUGUAUUCUCAAAUUAAUUAUAAUCAAACCAAUUUCUAUAACAGACAAAGCCUGGUUCUUCUUACUCACUUUAUAUAAAUCCCUCUUUGAAAAGCUUUACCAGUACUUUAAACACGACUUGUUCAGCUGUAAGUAUGGGCAAGAGGAUAGAAGCAAAAAUGUAGCAGAACAGGUAGGCGAAAAUAUCAGCAAAAAUGUAGCUGAAAAUGUCAGCAAAAAUAUGCACAGACAAAAACAACUGAACGGCGAAAACGCAUUGACAAUUUUGUUUUCCUUUGUAAAUAUAUUCAGUGAAACCAUCUUGGAAUAUGAAAAAAUUAGAACCAUUUCUAGGAACAAAAAAAAGGAAGAACUUAUUGCCUUUCCCCUCUAUGAAUCACUGAAACCUUUUUUUUUCGUUCAUACGAAUUAUCCAGAUGCGAUAGAGGAAGAAACAGUGGAAGAAAAUGGAGAAAGCGAAGCUGAAGGAGAAGAAGAAGAAAAAAAAAACGAAGCUGAAGGAGAAGAAAAAGAAGAAGAACACUUGAAAGAAACCUUAACACAGUCUAAAAACAUGGAGAGUAAUAGACAAGCUGUUGAAGAAAAGGCUCAGGUGGAAUAUGUAACGCACAGAACAUACACAUCAAAUCUGCUGAAGGUUAAGAACGGUGAGAUGAUAAAUCGAAAUAGCGCACUUGUAUCUGAAUGUUCCAAAAAAGAAAACACUGAAGCAGACAAUUGCGUUGAGAAGCACAUCUGGAGAAACAUCAAAACUGUAACCAAUUGGGGAUUCAUAAAUAAAAGGAAAGAAAUGGAUUUCCAAGAAGAGAAUCCCCAUUUCACGGAUCAGAAAAAAGGGAAAGUAGAAACUACUGUAAAUUUUCACGCCAAAAAAAAAAUAGAAGACGAAUUAGCUAUUUCCAUACGAAAUAAUAUUCUUUGUUGUGUUCAUUCGCUAAUCAAAAUGUUUUCACAUAUCUACAUAAACAACUGGGAUAAAAUUCUUUAUUACUACGAUGAAAAUAGAAAAAAACUGAUUCCAAUUUUUCUGACCCUUACAAUAAAUGACCCAAAUCAAAAAAUUCGAACGAAUUCCAUUUUGUGUCUUAAAUAUCUCUUCGAUUGUAAGCAACUGAAGUAUUGGUUUCUGCUUAAGGAUGAGAAUUUCAACAGCACCUCUGCUUCUGCUCCCGCUAGCGUCUCGGUUAACUUCCCAACUGGCUAUCCUUCCAGAGACAUAACCAAUGGAGAAAAUGCAUAUGAAGAAAAUUACAUCAAUGAACGUAUUCAUCAUAACAACAAUAAUAUCUACAUGAUAGACAAUUUAAAUGGAAACCAAAUGAAAACAACGUUAGAUGGAUGCAAGACAAAUUAUAACUUUCCCAUAAGGACAGAAAAUCAUUUAACUCUUAGUAAUGAUGUUUUCACAAAAAAUAUGUGCAGUAUAAAUUAUGCUAAUCAGUUUUUUCCUGAGAAACAGAUGAAACAAAGUAUCCACGUAGACAAAUCGAACAAUUCUAUAUUUUUCUUGAACGAUAUUAACAAUGUGAAGAGGGAAGUAGAAAUUGGAAGAAGUACUCUAGCACUUGUUUCGAGACACGAAUAUGAAAAACAAAACCAAAUAUAUAUACAAAUUAGCAACAAUGAAAAUAUUAAUAGUAGGAACACGAAGUGUGGAAACUUUAAUCAAAGAAGAGAAAACGCUUAUGGUACUUGUAUGAAAGAAGAAAUGAACGAGAAAUCCAAGUAUUGCAAUACAAAGAAAGCCUCCACUGAGAAGAACAUUUUAAAGCUGCUCAAAAAUUUUUUAAAACUUAUAAUCAGUACAUACAUGAUAGAUCAAAAAAAUAACUUCUACACCCCAGUCGACAGACUAAAUAUAUGCCGACUAUUUUUGAGAGUGUCCCAAUCUGCAUUAAUACCAAAAUAUAAAGAUUUAUUAAAAAAAAUCUUGAAAUUCUUUUUUUUCUAUUUAUUAAAAUAUCUCAUAUAUUUUAAUCAUGGUGAUGUUUUUUAUUACUGCGUUAAGAGAAUGCUGCAAAAUAAUACCACAUUCCAAAAAAACAGAAGUAUUGAAAGAAACAAUAAUUUUUGUUACAACUUUUUUCCACAUUUUGAGGAAUAUAUAAAAGAAGAAAAAAAUGAAAACACUUUUAUCAAUCAAAAUAUCUUGCAUCACACUAGAAGUGGUAAUACUUAUCCAAAACGAAACAAAAGUGAACUUAUGUACACUAACCAAAUGGACGACAAUAACUUUAAUCCUCAUGACUGCACGGAUGAGGACGAUCGAGUAUUCACUGCAUUAAAUAAUUAUUUUAACAGAUUUAAAGACCUUGAACAGUAUGCCGAAAGUGACAUAAGAUCGGAUAAGAAGGAAAAAGAAAGAGAAGACAAAAAUGAAAAACAAGAAAAACAGGAAUUCUCACGAAUGGGAGUACAAAAAAGCAGAGAAAAAGAAGAUCCAAAGUGGACACCAUAUUAUGGAGACAACUCUAUCAGCCAUGUCAUCAGUGUGAGCGAAAUUCUGCACCCAUGUUGUGUCAACCAUGUUACGGGGACUUUCCAUAGAGAUAUGGAUAACAAGGAAAAUGGAAAAAAUAAAGGAGAUAUGAAUAAAGGAAAAAGAGAAAAAAAAUACAUAGAAGAUGAUAGUGAUGCAUACAAAGCAAGUGACAACUUAAAUGAUAAUAAAAAGAACAGCACAGAGAAUAAGAAAAAUGUGGACAGUAGGUUUGAGGGUACCAAAGAUGUUAAUACAUCACAAUGGGAUACCAAUGAUGUGAGUGAAAAUGUCGACGAUGGGAGAAAGGACGAAAAUCUAGGAAGCAGGAGAGACAGGAGUUCAGACACACUUUCCCUGAAAAAUUCGAAAAAGAAAAGAAAAAAAAAAAAAAAAAAAAAAAAAGACGAAGAAAUGAAGGAUAGUGAAGAAGACAUAGAUGAUUCACUAGAAGAACAAACAACAAGAAGCAUAUGUUCAUCCUCAUCCUCAUUUGCAUGCACAUACCCUUGCUCAUGUACAACGAAUACAGAUACCAUUAAAAAUAAAAAAGGAAUCAGCAAAAAAAGGAAUGCAAGCGAUUUAUCAUACUUGUACAAAAAUAUAAACAAAAUAAAUAAAAACAAUCUCUCUAAGGAGGAUUACAAUUUAUUAAUUAAUAUGCUAUACUGUAACGAAUAUUCUAAGAGCUCUAAAUAUAUAAGCACAAUAACAGUUAUUAUUAACAUAUUUUCUGUUCUGUUAUGCGAAUAUAAUGAUGAGAUAUUUCGAUUUUUAUCCACGAAUAUGUACGGAGUUAAUGUCAAUAGAACUCUAAAUGAUCAUAACAUUUCUUGUCAUCAUUUUUCGAAAAAUCAUCUGUAUAAUAUAUCCUUUGCACAGCUAAUAUAUUUCAUGUUAAUAUUUUUGUAUAAAAUUUUUUAUCAGCCUUGUGCAGAUGGAAAAGACAUAUGGGGAAAAAAUGAAAGCGAGAUGGAAUAUGAAAAAGAAAACAUUUUUUAUAUGAACAAAUGUAAAGUAGAAGCAGAACCAAAAGAAGAAAGUAACAAUACUGCUUAUAGUACAACAGUAGGACUAGUAAGAAAUAACCUACAAUUCGUUGGAACACAUGAUAAUAACAACCAUUUGGAGAAUAGCAGCGGUAGGGAAGACUUUCUCAAGGGACAUUCCAACAAAACAGAUUUAGCAAAUAAUAAUCAAAAAGUUCAUCGAUAUGGAAAAAAAUACUUUACAAACUCGUACAACAAUCUAUAUGACAAUAACAUUAAUUCUUACAUGCAACAAGAAUAUAGCGAAAGAAACCAUGUGAAUAAUUUUCUAGACAAAAACAAUUUAUUAGUACCAUAUGAUAUUCAAAUUUUUAAAAAUAUAUUUUUAGUUUUUCAAAAAACUUUAAAAUAUUAUUUAUUUUGUUACAUGCAUUGUUGGAAUGAUGUAAAAAAUUUAUUGGAAUAUUUUUUGCAGUCAGAAAAUAUUAAUAUUAAAAUUAUUUCCAUAAAAAUUGUUAUAGAUAUUUUUAGCUUUAUUAAUUCUUAUUAUGACAGUAACUGUAAUGAAUAUGAAUUACCAAUUGGGGCAGAAAAAGAAUAUUUCAAAAAUUUUCACAUAUAUAAUAAAGCAUCACAUGUUACAAAAUACAACAAUAAUAAUCAUGGGGAAAAUGAAUAUCUCUUUAGUUCACAAAUGGAACAAGGAGAAAUAGAAAAAAUUCCAUUUCAUGAGAAAAAUAUACGUCUGUACAGUGAAGAAAAUAGAAAGAAUAAAAACACCAACACAGAUGCAUUCAUCAUAGAUUCGAACAUUAGACAACACAAAACAAAUCAUUGCAGAGAUCAAAACUGUUCUCAAUCUGCAGAAAGGAUUGGUUACUUUACCCAUUGUUCGAAUAACUCUAAAAGCGGAAAGAUCACUACAGUCAAAAAAAAUUCAGAAUAUUUUACCUGUAAGGGUAAAAAUAAUCUCAGCUUAGAGAAAAUAAGAACUAGCCAAAGCUUUAAUGAAAUUAUUAAUGGUGAAGUAAUCAAGGUCAAAAACUGUACAUCAGAGGUGGAAAAAUCCAGUGGAAUUACGUGCGAUUCUACAAAUCACACUGAAAUUGUAAAAGGUAUCAAUAAAAAACUUCCAUCAAAGAGAAUCAGAAAAAAAACUCGAGAUAAGCAACACAAUGAAUCAAGAGAAAUGAAAAAAAGGAAAAAGUUCGUUGAGCUUGUGGAAAAAGACAUGAUCUACCUGUUUCGAAAGUACAUACUAAUACACAUACAUAGUAUAAAUAAAAUACAUGAUGAUGUGAUAAAUAAAAGAAGCAAAGUGAAGCAUAUAUUCUUGAACACAAUUAUAUGCAUAUCUCAGUUAAGCUAUGAAGGGUUCAAAAUGCUAAAAAUUGAAGACAUACAAAAAUUAACAAAUCUUGUUUCCUCCUGCGUGCACACCAUUAAAUGCAAUAUUAUAACUGCCCUAAGUAAGUAUAUCAUUAAAUAUAUUUUUACAUUUAACAAAAAAUUUAUUCAAAAUUAUGAGAAGAGGAUGAAUCUAUUGCAUAUCAAUUCGACCAAUGUUUACUACAACAACAUCUUCACUACCUCAACCACAGCACCAUCGGUACAUCAAGGUAUGAUAGGUACUGUGGGUUCAAUAGAUACACUUAGUCCAACUGAACCAAAUGACAACAAUUAUGUGUUAAAAUAUGGAGCUCGAAAAAAUGACAUACAAACGUGUACACAAUUUCCACAAAGUUUUCCAAAUUUAAGGAUUUUGAGUGUAGACAAUUUUGAGGAAAAAUGGAAGACAAAUGCUUGUACGAACAUGAACCCAAAUUACACGGGUUCAGCAUUAAGCAACACAUCUGGCAAUGGUCUCAAAAAUAAGUUACAUCCCAAUGUGAGUGGUGAUAAUUCAAUUGGUGAUCAUGCGAUUGGUGAUAAUAUGAUUGGUGAUAAUGCGAUUGGUGAUAAUGCGAUUGGUGAUAAUGCGAUUGGUGAUAAUGCGAUUGGUGAUAAUGCGAUUGGUGAUAAUGCGAUUGGUGAUAAUGCGAUUGGUGGAGAAAAUGUAAAUAGAAGCAGGUUCCCAAAUAUUACUGAAAGAUAUAUAAAACAUCGAAAUAAUUAUUAUCCAAACAACGCCUCUUUACAUGAUGAGAAUAGCCUCGAAUAUUCAUGUAAUGGUAAAAAGAAUUUCUUUGAAGAUGUUGCUCGGAUACCAACCCAUUCAACAGCACAUACCUCUGAGAUAGUUGCCAAUUAUAGGGAAAAUUAUCGUAAGGAUAGUAAUAAGUUGGAAAAUAUGACACCGAAAGGAAUGCAAAUAGAUAAGUAUUCUCCAUACCAAAUGGAAAAUGAGAAUUUGAAAAUGUUAAUAUCGCAUGAAAAUACAUAUAAUAUUAUAUGCCACAUGAGAGGCCAUAACCACCUCCUUCCCCUUUCUGCAAAAUCACACAUGUUAAACGGAAUUUGUGAAAAGGAAAUAAAUACAAUACAACAAAAAAGGAACCCUUCUUUCUGCUGUAGUAAAACUAGUUCUGCUUAUAACAAUUCGUUCAUGAAAUCAAAAUUGGAAAAUACAUCAGAUCAAAUGAACAACGUUGUAGGAAUUAGUGAAGACAAAAUAGUAGAAGAAAAUCAAGUUAAAAAUUUAUAUAUUAAAAAAGAUGAGUAUGAUAUAGACAUAAAUAAUUUCAACAAUAGUUGUUUAAAAAAAAUGGCAACUAAUACGAGAAAUGUUAAUAAAGAAAAAAAAAAUAUAAUAAUAGAUGAAUUACUAACGCAGAAUCAAACGAAAAAGGAAGAUCAUGAAUUUGUUGAAACACAAGAAUGCAUGAAUCAUUACAACCAAAUGGACACUCGAAAUGAAAAGAAACAUAUUUUAUUCAUUCCUACUUAUGAAGCUGUAAACACAGAAAAAACGAAAAAAACAGGUGAACACAAUAUCCAUAGGAAAUAUAGAACAAAUAGCAGUUACGUACACAAUAUUUUGCACACUUACAAGAAAAAUGCAAAAGAAGUACGACAUUUAACUUUAACAGAUAUACUUAAGGAAAGACAAAAGAAAGAGUUAUACUUACGGAAAAAACAAAAAAAUGAACAGAAAUUAUUUGAAUUAUACUAUAUAUAUAUUUAUAUCAUUAUGCAUAUAAUUAAAUUUUAUAACGAUUCUUUUGUUGACUUAAAAUAUUAUACGUACAAUUGCAUAUGCGAAAUUGCUAGUUCAUAUGUCCCCUUUUAUUUUACACAAAACAUUAUUAAGACAUUUUCCUACUACAGUAAUUACAACAGUGAGGAAAAUAAUGACGUUAACAAGUUCAUAGAUUUUAUUAACGGAAUUCAGGUCUCAUCUGAUGUACAUGAAUUGAAGUUAUACCCAAUACAAGGGCCCAGAAAUGUCCACAGUAGCAAACGCAAUAGACACAUAAGGAACAAUAAAAUAUCUAUGAACGAAUUUACGCAUUGCAAGAAAUCUGCACAGAUAGGUACAUCCACAAACAUAGAAAAUGAACAUCCGAGGGAAAGAGGAAAAAUUGAUUCUGUAUUUAAAGGGACAUGCUCUGAUAUCUCUAGCAGAAAUAACAUUACGGAAAAUGGUUUUAACGGCAUAAAUAGUAGCAGUGGCAAAAGUACAAGUAACGCAAUGGACAAAAUGGGAAGAACCAGAAGAACGAGAAAAAUGAACAACAUGAGCAGAAUGAAUGAAAGAAGAAGAAGAAGAAAAAAAAAAAAAAAAAAAAGUGCACAUUCAAACGGUUCUUCGAGCAGCACAAGGGAAAAACUCACAUCAGUGGAAACAAUUGCAGUGACAGACAAAACCCCUUCUAUGGGUCUGAACUGUCAGAAUUGCACUGUGAUAAAUCAAGAGAAUAACUUACAGUACAUGUUCGCAAACAAUAUAUACCUAAUUUCAUAUAUCGAAUACAUCUACAUACUGCUUCUAAUAAUAAGAGAAAAUCAAAAUGUAGAAAAGGACAAAGCAAUCUGUUGCAUAAUCAGGUAUGUAGGAUUUAUUUGCAAAAACAUGAACUUUUUUUUAUUUAAAUCUAUUAAUUUACUUCCAUCUACGUUUCUCACGAAGUAUUUUAUUUAUCUAAAUAGUUUAAUCGAGAAGAAGGGAUUGCUCGGCAUUUUCCACUCCGCGGGAACAGGGGGAAGAGGACGGAGCGAAGGAAGUGAACAGAGCGAAGGAAGUGAACAGAGCGAAGGAAGUGAACAGAGCGAAGGAAGUAGACAGAGCGAAGGGAAAGGACAAGAAACAAACGACAUAAGAAUGGAUAGCAAAGAAAACGAACAUCUGAUGAACUGGGAAACUUCACACGGAACUGUCAAUAUAUGUACUACAAGUAAGGAGAGAAACAUUACGAAUAUAAAAAAUGAGAAAUGUUGCAUGAUAAGAAGAAAAAUACCAGAAAAAAUAAAAACCAUCAACAGUACCACGGCUUUAAACAAUGGCACAAAUACAUGUCCUCUUUGUAUGCACCAAAAUAAACAAAUAAAUGGGAAAACCACAGACCAGUUAAUUACAUAUGAUGAAACGAAUAAGAACUCGCUAAAGUUGACAACACAGAACUGCAAGUUGUAUCACUUAUUCCUAAAUGUGUAUGUAAAGUAUGAAUACAAUUUUGAAGAUUGUUUUUUUUCAUUUUGUGAAGAUUCUCGAUUAACAUCAAAGUCUGAGCAAGUUUCUAUUAUCGAGAAUGCAAUUCCUAUUAACAUGGCUCACACGAUUGUGUCUGCCCCACAGCAGAAUGACCAUCAAGAAGUUGGGAAAGGAAAAAAAAAUGAGAAGAACUCCCAAAGUGAACAGCCGCUCUUAGAACAGACGGCCUCAGAACAGACGGCCUCAGAACAGACGGCCUCAGAACAGACGACCUCAGAACAGACGACCUCAGAACAGCCGCUCCUGGAACAGCCGCUCUUGGAACACUUAUUCGAAGCGUACUCCAAAAAAAAAGCGAAAAAAAUCCUCCCCAACCCAAUCGUCAUAGAAAUAAAGGACAUAUUUCACCAGAACAAAAGCAAGAACAGUUUUGUAAAUAAAGCCAACAAUAAUGUUGAUGCUAAAAUUAUUUUAUAUCUGCUAUCAAUAGUAAAGGAUCAUAUAAAAAAUAAAAUUACCUGGAAUGUGUUAUAUGCUUUUAAACUGAUAUACAACAAUUUCUCCUUUUUUUUUGCACAUAACUUUGCAGAAUUGCAUAAUAAAAUAUUGGACCAUUUAAUAAGCACCUUAAGAUACACAAAUGUAUAUAAAAUAAAAAUCUUAUCAUCCUUAGCAUUAAUUCAUAUACCUCUAUAUUACAAUAUUAACAGAAAUAAAUUAAAAGAAUUAUGGGACACUUUAGUUACAAACACCUCCUUUUUUGACAUAUUUCUUAACGAUAAAUCGAAUACGAACCAGUUGGUAUACUAUUAUGACAAGGGAUUAAAUUACGUGAGUAUAAGUAAAAAAACAGAAUAUAAAUAUAAGUGUACGUUAAGAGUAAAUAUUUGCGAACUCUUAUUUAUUUGUAUAUAUAGAUCUUAUGUACAUGCCAAUAUCAACACAGAUAUCGAAAUUGAUACAAAGAAGAUCAAUUGUUAUGAAGUUUUCAAAAGAUAUACACAUAUCUUCAAUAUUAACAAUGAUGUUCAUAUAUACAAUUUGACACAUAUUUUUAACAACCACGUUAUUUAUUACUCAUUUUACAAUCAUGAGGAAUUACCAACAAAUUCGUCUAGAAUACCCUGCCCCGGAAUCAACCCUAUGAUUCCAGUUAGAAGUGCAAGUGUUAACAACCAUUCUACUGAGAUUGAAAAAAACGGACAUUUGAAAGACAGAUACAGAAUAAUAGAAAAUACAAACAAAUGUAAUGUUCACCCUAGUUAUAUGUUCAUAAAAAAAGAACAUCAAUCAGACGACAUUUUAGACUUUCAGAUAUUCCUCAAUGAUCACUUUGAUAAGUAUCAUAAUAUAUACAAAAAUCUGCUCCAAACGGGAAAAAAUCCAAUUUUCCAAACCCUUUUCCAAAAAUUGCAUUACGAAAUUAAAUUAUCCCUAAAGCGAUUUAUGGAUAAGGAGAAGCACAUGAGUUUGAAGAAACCAUAG